AUGGUCCCCCCACCGCCGUCUCACUCUCGAUCCGGAACUUUCUCACCUGCUCCUGCUCAGAACUUGCAGACAGGACUUUCACACUCUCCCCAUCCGUCACAGGCCGGUCCUCUGAGUGCUGGCGCGAGUCCCAGUACCAGCAGCCCGACCGCGGGGACAAGCUCUCUCACCAAAAUUGUCGUCGCCCAGGUCUACCUUCUUCUUAGUACUAUUAAGGAGGACAAGGACCGCGCCAAGUGGGAGUUACAAGUGGAUCAACUGAAAAAGCUCCUCGAUGAUCACGGUAUGGAGGUUUUUUCUAAGUACUUCACCCGGCUGGUAGCCGGAAACGCCCCCCAGAUCUUUCCUGGUAUCAGCCGGCCCGUUGCAAAUCCCGGCAACUAUUCGCUCCUAGUAAACGAAAUGUCCAAGAUAUCGCACGACCUCGACCAAGCCUCUAGAAUAGCUGAAUCCAUCGAAUCAGCUAACGAGGAUAUAUUCCGUGAUUUUGAUCUGUCUACAUUCAUGGAGCACUUCAAGCUUGAUGCCUUAGAGAAGACUAUCCUUGCUUUAGCGUUCAAGUUCGGCGCCCGGCAGGAUCUGAAGACUAAGGCCGAUGCGAUCCUCUCCACAAAUUUCCCUACGUUUGUCAAUAUAAUCUCAAGAACAGAUUACGGCGAUCAUUCCGACCUUACUCCUUCCUUUAUCGCUACUAUCGUCGACCGAUAUAUCCAAGGCCAUCCGCCCAACUUCAACUCAGCUGCUAAACACGAGCUAAGUGCUAAGGUUCAGGCUCGUUGGUUACAGCAGCAGCAGGACCAAGCACCUCCCAUGGAGGUCUUGGCCGCUUUGGAUCUCACUAGAGUGCUAGGUGAUAAACCCCCUAAUGCGCUCGCCAUUUAUAUUCAGAGGACCGGUACCGACUUCACCCGCGACGAGGAAACCUGCUUCUCUUACCUCCAAAAUCGACCGAAUAAUAUACAGCUAAGCGAAGAGCAGGUUUCGACGGCAUUAACGUACACGACCGUCAGCCUUACCUAUCGCCAUAAUCCUUCUGUACUUGUCGCUGCCCUUCGUCGUAUACUCCCGCAAACUUUUCGUUGGCACGACGUAGUUGCAUACUUUGAUCAGCGAGACGUGCGCGUAUCAUCAGCACAGUUCUUACGAUUAUACGAGGCCCUUUUACCUGUCGCGCAAUCCCAGGAUGAUCAAUCUCCACCGUUCAGUAUUCAGAGUUUGUGGGGAGGGUCUCACUGGGAAAAUCCGGAAACUCAGCUAUCCUUCAUAUGUGCAUUUGCAUCCUUGAGCCCGAAUGAGCUUGAUGCGAGUACGAUUCCUGGCCUCCAGCCAACGUUUACGCUUGACGAGUACGCACAAUCUCCUCCUGAAGUUCGCGAGCGAGCCGCAGUUGCUGUGAAGCAUCCCCUAGUCUCAGCUUUGGCCCUGUCUGCAAUCUUCCAGGUGGCACUGCACUCUCUACACGCGUCGCAGAGCACGGAAGCAAAACGGUUGUUCCAAGAGGUAGUUGUUCCGAACCUUGAUAUUUUCAUAGUCUCUGCUUUCGGAGUUCCGAAACCGUGGCCACCGAUGGCAGUAGAAACUCUGGCCUCUUUGUUUGAUAACUUCCUGCAUCGAAGGUCCGAGUAUCAUGACUUCGUCUUAGACAGCCUCUGGAGGAAAGACAGGGAUUGGGUCACGCAAAGACUUGUUGAUGCGCACGCCAUGAAGCCAUUGGACCUGACGCUCAUAUUUGAGCAUGUCAUCAAGCAUAAAUGGCUAGACGAGCUCGUCUACUUACCCAAUGGAUUCGGUUACGAUCUUGCCGCCCUUGCGCAUGCCGAAGGUCAUCUCGAUCUCGCUCAGUGGGCCCAUAACAAUGCUGAGCGAAGUCCCGCCAUCUCCCAGUCUCUACUGCAAUUUCUAAUGAUCAAGGCAAAUCUCGAAUUGCAGUCGCAGAGGGGUGGAGAUGGACAGCCGGUGGCAAAGACAAGUACAUCUCUUCACGUCAAAACCGUACUCGCCAUGCUCCAAAUUCUUGAAGACUUUUUACCUCGGAACCCAUUGCCAGAGUUGAUUAUUGUUCAGCGCGCAUGCAUUACUUCCUAUCCCAGACUCAUCAACUACGGUGAGGGCUACGAUGAUAUUAUUGAUGCCAAUGGGAAGGACGGUAACGGACUCCCGGCAGCUGCAGUGGCUAAGAUGGAAGAGCAUUAUAAGAAAAUGUAUGGAGAGGAGUCGGAGGUCAAAUAUGUCGUCCAAAAGCUCGAGGAGUACAAGCACUCGCAGUUUCCGUUAGAUCAGGAUAUCUUCGCGUGCAUGAUCCACGGCCUUUUCGACGAAUACUCCCACUUCAUAGAUUACCCUCUUGAAGCACUGGCUACUACUGCAGUUCUCUUUGGCGGUAUAAUAUCCCACAAGUUGAUCUCCGAGUUGCCGCUGAAGAUUGGAUUGGGUAUGAUUCUCGAGGCCGUCAGAGAUCACGGUAUCGAUAGUUCAAUGUACAAGUUCGGCCUUCAAGCUCUCAUACAGAUUUUCCCUCGUUUCAGGGAGUGGCCAGGGCUCUGUAAGCAGCUAUUACAGAUUUCCGGCUUGCGUGGCACUGAAGCUUAUCGGAAGGCUGAAGAAGUCGUGCUGGAAGAUGAAGAGGACCGGGGGCGUACCCAAAACGGCACGAGCACUCCCAGUCACGUAGGGAAUGAACCUCUAAUGACUAACGGUGCUACCGACGGCCCAGAACCCCAUGCAGCUCCCUUCGCAGCGAUCAACGUCGACCCGCCUCCUCAAGGGACUGGCUUUGAAGAUCCCGUUGUCGAUGUACAAGACAGGAUUCAAUUCGGACUCAAUAACUUAACUACAUCCUCGCUCCAAACGACUUUCAGAGAAAUCCAUGAGGUUUUGGAAGAUCAGCAUCAGCAAUGGUUUGCCAGUCAUCUUGUUGAAGAGCGGGCAAAAAUGCAGCCAAAUUAUCACUUAGUAUACCUUGACUUAGUGAAGCUCUUUCAGGAUUCGGGUCUGUGGUCUGAAGUGUUGAGGCAAACCUAUAUUAGCGUCGCUCGCAUGCUGAACUCAGAGAGCACAAUGCAGAACUCAACGGAUCGAACCCAUUUGAAGUAUUUGGGGGCUUGGUUAGGGCUCCUAACUAUAGCAAGGGAUCAACCGAUUAAACAUAGGAACAUUGCAUUUAAGCAGUUGCUUAUUGAGGCACACGACACCAAGAGACUAGUUGUCGUGGUACCAUUUGUCUGCAAGGUCCUAAUUCAGGCUGCAAAGUCAACCAUCUUUCGACCGCCAAACCCGUGGUUGAUGGACAUUAUUCACCUCCUUAUCGAACUUUACCAUCACGCCGAACUAAAGCUAAACCAAAAGUUCGAGAUUGAGGUGCUCUGUAAAGACCUAAACCUAGAUCAUAAGAGCAUUGAACCAUCUACCGAGCUUCAAGACCGUGUCCCUGUCGAAGAGGUCGCUGAUAUCGGUGCGCAAGACCCGCUAGAGCAUUUCGAGAACAUGUCUUUGAAUGGUAUGGCUAGCUCCGUCCCAACUGGCCUUACGCCGCAUCCCAUUCCGGUCACCAUCCCAGACAUCAGUAGCCUCUUAUCAAUUCCACCAACAAAUGAGAUGGUUAUUAACAGCGUCCGUCUUCAUGAAAUUGUUCGCAAUGCGGUAACGAAGGCGCUGCAGGAUAUAAUUCAACCUGUUGUCGAUCGAUCCGUUACUAUCGCCGCGAUUAGUACACAGCAAAUGAUUCAUAAAGACUUCGCGACUGAGCCUGAUGAGAACAAGCUCCGAACGUCCGCUAUCAAUAUGGUCAAAGCCACCGCCGGAAGUCUUGCCCAGGUUACGUCGAAAGAACCUCUCAGAGCCAAUAUCACCAAUUAUUUGCGAAACGCAGCAGGCGAACUACCUCACUCGCUUCCCGAGGGUACGAUUAUCAUGUGUGUUAACUCUAACCUCGAGCUUGCAUGUAGCGUAAUUGAAAAGCAAGCCGAGGAGCGAGCGGUUCCAGAGAUCGAAGAGAUGAUAGAGGGGGAAAUAGAGGCAAGGCGUCGACACCGCCUACAACGGCCUAGUGAGCCAUACGUCGAUCCUGGUCUUAGUAGAUGGGCGAUGACGAUUCCUCAUCCCUACAAACUCUCUCCUAGUAUGGCUGGUUUGAACGCGGAGCAAAUGGCCAUAUACGAGGAUUUUGCUAGGCAGCCACGAGGUGCCACCACCCAAGCUGGACCAACUCACGGCGCGUCGGCCUCGGAUGCAACUAGGAAUAUCGCAAACGAGGUCCUCCAAGAUCAGUAUAGCUCCGUACCCAACCUCGCUACUCCGGCUGAGACUCCCUCUCUUCCUCAUCUGAAUACGCAACUACCUUAUUCUCAUGUACAUGGUGGAAUGACUAAUGGUCGCCCUUCGGCCCAUCCUUUAGAUGGAAGAGGAUUAAUGGAAAAGGUAGAGAGGCUCUUAUCUGAACUUAAACGCACUACCACCUCGACAGACGAAGAGCACUUCAGCGACCUCCCUAGGUCCCAUCCGGUCUUGGAAGUCGUUGAUGUCUUUACUCAACUCAUUAUCAACACGUCCCAAAACUCGGACGAGUUCGCGUUCUACGCUGCCGAAAAGAUUUGUCAGCUACUCUUCAGCGGAGUAGAAAAUACUCUCUUCUUAGAAAGUCUCGUCCACAUCCUCGAGCAGUUGUUGAAGAUCGCUGCAAGCUCAGGUACCGCGCUACACGACCGGGUGCAGAUCAGCUUCUACCAGCAGUCGCCUCAGAAUAUUCUCAAUAUUUCUUUGAUCACAGCACUACUCCCGACGGACUUUCUCGACCUGCACAGCAUUGACAGCAUGUUGUCCAAGAUGCUAUUACAAAGGGAGGAAGGCUACCUGGAGUUCUUUGAUAAACUCCUAGAUCUGACUCUGUUUAAUGAACGGCCCAUGGCACUCUUUGCAGACUUCGUACACAGUUUAGAAGCCGCAUGGGAAUGGAUCAGCGCCAGUUCUGACCUUGAAAUUAGCCAGCGGCUAAAGUCGAAAUUCCUUAAUUCUGGCCUUAUCAAACCGCAAAGUAGAGACGACGCAGAGCGACUAGAACAGUUCGAGUAUAUCUUCGACGAAUGGGUCCGUCUCCAUAACAAUCAAAACGCACCAGACAAGGCACGAGUUGCGUUCGUGAAGCAGAUUCGUAAUCAGAACAUUAUUGCCAACAAAGAUGAUUUCGCAAUCUUCGCUCGAAGGGCCACUGAUAUGACGGUCAGUUACUAUGAACAGACAUUUCAGGCGGGAGGAACUACUGCCGAAGCCUUCACUGCUGUGGAUGCUCUCGUAAAGAUGAUCGCAGUCUUUGCCAGGGAGAACGGUGCCGAUCAAGAGGAUCCAAAGACUGGGAUUAUUCCUGUCCUGGAGACCGUCACGUCGCUCUUCGCAGUCGUUCUGAAUCACCACCACGUUACGAGAGGUGAACAUUUCAAUCAGAGAGUCUUCUUCCGCCUGUUCUCUAUGCUCCUACAUAGCGCCGAUUCGAUUUUUGCAGACACUCCGAGUCCCGAGUCUUGCCGACAAGAGUUCCUAGUGCGACUCUCUUGGACGUUAUUACAGCUCAAUCCCGAACGUUUCCCCGGGUUUGCCUUUGCAUGGCUCAGCCUCGUAGGACAUCGGCGCUUCAUGCCUGACAUCCUUCUCCUCGAAUCUAAGUUUGGUUGGGCUUCCUAUACCAAACUCCUGAAAUGUCUUCUGAGACACGUCUCAGCUCAUAUGAAAGCCAUCGACGUAACUGAUGUCGUGAAGGAAUACUACCGUGCAGUUGUCAAACUCCUAGUAGUAUUGGCUCACGACUUCGCAGACUACAUAUCGGCCAAUGUCACUCAGCUGUGCUCAAGCAUCUCUCCUCAUUGUACCCAAUUGAGGAACAUCGUUCUUAACUGUAGCCCACGAUCCGAAGCCGGAGAGCUAAUCUCCCAAGACUCCCAAGCAGACGCUUCUUCUAGUCUAUCGUACUUGAGAGAUGUUGGCAUGUUGGAAAUCCUAGAGCAACUUGUCCAGGCCCCACCCUCUGAGGAUGCAAUUGCCCAUCUUACGCAUGCCAUUAACAAGAGCAAUGCGAGCGAUACAACAUACGGCAAUGUCCCUCUCGGUGUUAACUGCAAAGUCAUUGAUGCUAUUGUUAAUUACUUUGGGCACCAUGCCACUAUGUCAGCCCGUCAAGAGAGGCCAGUCUAUACCCCCAGCGCUCCGGAUGCUGCGACGCUUUCAUUGUUGGUGCAUGAGCUGCAACCCCAGGCUCGAUAUUUCCUCAUCGGCAGCAUGGUUGACCGUCUACGCCAUUACAGUCCUGUCACCGAGUUCUUCAGCUAUGUCAUCUUUGACAUUUUCGGCCAAGAUCUCAAUGACCCUGAGGAGGCUGAUAUCCGCCAGCAAAUCGUUCGCGUACUACUAGAAAGAAUUGCCAGUUUCUGGCCCCAGCCAUUCGGCCUUACUAUGGUGAUUAUGGAGCUGGUGACGAAAGAAAAGUAUCAUUUCUUCGACCAGCCUUUUAUCAAGGCAGAUCGCGAUACAUACCUUCCCUUCCUCCCCGGCAACAUGCCCUCCCUACCGUACCACGAGCCUUCCAUCAUCCAGCUGCUCGCCCUAUCCUCCUUCCUCCUCGCGCUCAACGCCGUCAACGCCGUCCUCGACCGCGUACUGUACUGCGGGCUCGUGGGCCAGGUCCUAAUCGGCGUGGCGUGGGGCGCGCCGGGCGGUAACUGGCUGGCGUCCGAGCUGCAAGUCGCCAUCGUACAGCUCGGGUAUCUAGGCUUGGUCCUGCUCGUGUUCGAGGGCGGCGCGGCGACGCGCGUCGACGCGGUGCAGCGGAAUUUGGGGCUUAGCGCGGGGGUUGCGGCGACCGGGGUUGCGGCGCCGAUGGCCCUGGGGUUCGCGGUCCUGGGCGAGAUGGGGUGGGGGAGUGCGAAGAUGGGGUUUGCGGCGGGGGCGGCGCUGUGCUCGACUAGUUUGGGUACGACGUUUGCGGUUCUACAGGCGAGUGGGUUGGCGGAUACUAGGGUCGGCACGGUGUUGGGGACUGCGGCGAUGAUGGAUGAUGUGCUGGGGUUGGUUAUGGUGCAGAUUGUGUCGAGGUUGGGCGGGGACGCGGAAGGGCCCGGAGGGGAAGGGGGGUUUGAUGUUGGGAAUACGGUGAUUAGGCCGGUGUUGGUUUCGCUUGCGUUUGCGGCGGCGGUCCCGGUUGCUUGUCGGUUUGUGCUGAGGCCUUUUAUUAUUCCGGUGGUGAGGAGAGCUAGAAUUGGGGAUGAGAAUGGUGAUGGAGAGACGGAUGGGACGAGGUGGUGUCGAUGGGAUUUCUUGGAUUCGAAGCAUACUGCUUUUGUGGCACAGACGGCUCUCCUGAUCGGUCUUGUCGUGAGCGCUAGUUUUGCGGGCGCGUCUGUGCUUCUUGCUGCGUAUCUUGCUGGUAUCGUGGUUAGUUGGUGGGAAGAUGCUCUGGGCAGUGAUAGUGAUGACAGCUUAGCUAAUGAGCAAGAUCCAAGUCGCCAUGCAAGUUCUUCUCGAGAGCAGCAAAGAACCGGAUCUCGGGAAGAGGGAGAGGGGCUUUCGCGGAUGUCAGAAGAACCAACGGUGCGGGUAGUCGAUAAUAACAGUGAUGCUUCGAUUACAUCCCAAGCACCAGCUUCCAGGGAAACACAGCAGCAAAAGCCAGGGCACACUGUUCUUAGUGUCUACGAAACUUACUAUUCGCAAGCAGUCACUCGGAUCCUAAAACCGUUCUUCUUCGCCUCUAUCGGCUUUUCUAUCCCUAUCUCUGACAUGUUCUCAGGAGAAGUAGUAUGGCGCGGGGUUAUAUACGGGAUACUCAUGGCAAUCGGCAAGAUGGUGUGCGGCUUAUGGCUGGUGCGAUUUCCCCUCUCCGCUAGCCGGCUCGUAAGAGCCUUCGUCUUAUUCGCCUCGUCCCGAUAUCGAGCCCUUUUCUCGAGGUUUCGCCGGCCGCGAAAGGCGAAUAGCUCGCCUUCGGGAGUCCAGCUUGAGCCAGUUGCUGUCACCGCUCCCCGAUCUGUUGAGAAUGAAUUAUCAGAAGGCAUCGUAAAUCCGUCAGGAGAGAUACCACAGCAGCAAGCAUCCCCAUCCGGAAGAGAUGGUGGCUUACAAGGGACUGCUACGCCAGCAAAGCCACUCUCGCUUUACCCAGCCGCUAUAGUAUCAUGUGCAAUGGUAGCCAGGGGUGAGAUCGGAUUCCUAAUAUCAGCCGUAGCGGAGAGCAAGGGCGUUUUCCGGCGUCCUUCAGACAGCGCUAACGAGGGCGCUUCUGAGCUAUUUCUCAUUGUGACGUGGGCUAUCGUCUUGUGCACUAUUAUAGGGCCGAUCUGCGUCGGGAUGCUCGUCAGGAGAGUAAAAAAGCUUGAGGCGCGGGCUGCGAGGGCUGGAGAUAGGGGCACGAAGAAUGUCCUUGGUGUUUGGGGCGUCCAGUGA